AUGGAGCAGAUUGCUUGCAGUGUUGAGGAGUAUUUCCAGGAACGAGGGCCAACUAUCACAUUCAGCAACUUACACUACUGUGUUCAGGAGAAGAGGUUCUGCUGCAGAAAGGGUCCUGAAAAAUACAUCCUCAAAGAUGUCAGUGGCAUCAUGAGACCUGGGAUGAAUGCUGUCAUGGGCGCAACCGGAAGUGGUAAAACAUCACUACUGGAUGUAAUCGCAGGCAGGAAAGACCCUGCUGGACUGCAGCAAGGAAAAGUCUUGGUGGAUGGCAAAGUUGUCACGUCUGAACUCAGGCUCAGCUCUGCCUACGUGGUUCAGGACGAUAUCCUGAUGGGCACCCUGUCAGUGAGGGAGAACCUGCUGUUCAGUGCAAACCUGCGUCUCAACCCUCAGCAUUACUCCUCCACAGACAAAAACAACAGAGUAGAUGCCAUCAUACAAGACUUGGGCCUAACAGACUGUGCAGACACUAAGAUAGGGACUGAGUUUCUGCGUGGCGUCUCUGGAGGUGAAAGGAAGAGAUGCAGCAUCGGGAUGGAGCUCAUCACCUCUCCCUCUCUGCUGUUUCUGGACGAGCCGACUACUGGACUGGAUUCCAACACUGCAAACUCUAUCGUCCAUCUGCUGCACGACCUGUCCAGAAGAGGUAAGACUGUGAUCUUCUCCAUCCACCAGCCACGCUACUCCAUCUUCAGACAGUUUGACCAUCUGACUCUGAUGCAUAAAGGGGAGGUGGUGUAUGCAGGAGCAGCAGACCACGCACUGGACUACUUCACAAAUCUUGGCUACCAAAUUGAGCCCCUCGACAACCCUGCUGAUUUCUUCAUGGAUAUCACAAAUGAAGAGGCAAAAUCAAAAGAAGGAACACUUACUGCAGUAGACUGUAAAAAUUCGUUGGCAACCAAGUACCGCCAGUCCCACCUGUGCCAGAAUGUGCUUGAGGAGUUAAAGCAUGUUGAGAGCAUUGUUCAAGAGGCUGAAGGUCAAGAUGAGGCAGCCAAGUAUGCUACCUCUUUCCUCUAUCAGAUGCGUGUGGUGUGUGGCAGGACAGUGCUGAACACUCUGAGGAACCCUCAGACCUCUUAUGCCCAGUUUGCUCUCAACAUCUUUUUUGGAAUUCUGGUGGGACUCAUUUAUUACCAGAUGCCCUUUACACUGCUCGAGGCGUACCAGAACAGGAGUGGAGCAUUCUUCUUUCUUAUCAUCAACAUGGUGUUUGCGAAUCUCUCUGCUGUUGAACUCUUUAUCAAUGAAAGGGUGAUCUUCAUCCAUGAGAACUCCAGUGGCUAUUACCGCACUUCUGUCUACUUCCUGUCCAAGAUCUUCGCUGAUCUCAUCCCCAACCGCAUCUUCCCUAUCUUUGUGUUUUCAGCCAUCGCCUACUACAUGAUGGGGUUGAAGCCUGCCUUUGUGGCCUUCCUGUGUUUCUCCUUGACCAUGUCUUUGGUCAGCCUGGCAGCAGUCAGUCUGGCCUUCCUCGUCUCAGCGAGUGUGUCUUCGUUUGCCAUGGCUAACAUCCUUAUUGCCAUACCCUUCGUCAUCAUGAUGGUCUUUGGUGGUUUUCUUGUCAGUCUCAACGCCAUGCUCGACUGGCUAUCCUGGCUGCAAUGGUUCAGUAUCUUCAGAUAUGGAAUGAAUGCUGCAUUCAUCAUCGAGAUGACAGGACAGUCAUUCUACAGCAACGGCAACGCUGUCCCAGGGGAGGUGUUCCUGCAAGCGCAGGGCAUUGACUACUCUGUGUGGGGCUUCUGGCAGAACCAAGUGGCUCUGCUGACAAUCAUAUUGAUCUGCAUGCUCUUGGCCUAUGUGCAGCUGCGACGAAUCAACCGCUGGAAAUGA